AUGGGUCUAGGAAUGUGUAAGAUUUUGCCAGGUCUCUAUGUUGGCAGCUAUCGAGAUGUACACGAUAAUAAUCAGUUAAAGAAAAAUGGUAUCACUCAUAUUUUGGCCGUACACGAUAACUCAAGGCCUUUACAUGAUCAUAUGGUCUACAAAUGCAUAGAAUGCAUGGAUACGCCUCAACAAGAUAUAUCGCAACAUUUCCGAGAAUGCAUUAAUUUUAUCCAUCGGAGCAGAAUCAAUGAUGGAUCAGUCUUAGUUCACUGUCUGGCUGGAGUAUCACGAUCAGUGACGAUCGUACUUGCAUAUUUAAUAACAGUCACUGAUAUGAAAUGGGAAGACGCUUUAAAAGCUGUUAGAGCAUCUCGUACGCAAGCAAAUCCUAACUUGGGAUUUCGAAGGCAAUUACAGAUAUACACAGAAACUAUGCUAGCAGAGACUAAAAAAGAACUUCGCGAAAGUUAUCCUGACUACGAACCCACAAACGACAGUAAAGAACUAGAUAUACUCUUAGAAAAGGGUAAAAACAUGAAGCAAUACAUGGAUGAUGACGAUCGAGUAUUCACCUUUCCUAUUGAUGCAUAUAAGAAUGAUUAG